UUUCUCCCUCUAUAGGCUGAGGAAAGAACCCUACAUACACGAUAAAAAGCAGCCAUGUCUUCAACCUUUACUAAAAGUCCCUUCUCUUUCUCCCUCUAUAUAGCUCUUUCCUAUUACGUUCUGCUCCUUUGCACUCUCUUCUCUCUCUCUCUCUCUCUCGCUCUCUCUCUCUAAAACUCUAUUUUCUCAGUCUUAACGAAACAAAGCUGAAGAUUUGCGAUUACCGAAAGCUGUUUAGUCCAGUUUAGUGCCAAUUCAUCAGUAGAAGAGUAGAUUCUGCAAUUUCGGUUCUACAAUUCUGUUGGCCACGAAGGAACCAAAUUGCAAUUCAGCAUAAAACAAUGGCUUCCUCAUCAUCCAACAGUGCACAAAUCUUAAAGAUGAAGCGACAAAUAGCCGAAAUCCAACUUCAGAUUCUUGAAGCCGAAAAGGCCAAAGGCAUAAAUACAACACGAGAGGCUAGUGAGCCCAAGUUAUCAAAAGAGGCCUAUGAGCCCAAACGGAGUGGUGAGCCCAGUCAAGCCCACCAAGGACGUGAGUCCGGUUUGGUUUAUCCACCGAACAGUAACAAAGCCGCAGUUGACGCUAGUAACAACAAGAUUAUUCCAUUAGACAGAAAUCGCAAGGAAAGGGCAAGGCCAAACACCUGUCUAGUGGUGGAACCUUACGUACAGCCCACUUCUGUAUUAGCCCAAAGUCAGGAGGCCACUUUUGAUCUAGUUGACCAGUUAGCCCAAGAAACAGAUCAGGUCCAAAUAGCAAACCCUGCUGACUUACGGCCGCCAAAGCCUUUAAAGCCCAGCAAUGAAAAAACCCGAGAUUUCAACCCGACUCAAAUCAAACCAUGGAAACCAUCUACACCCGUUUCCAAAGACCAAUUAGACAUCCUGACAUCAGCCUUCAAUCAUAUACGGCACGGAACAGGAAACCCUAAACCGAUCAGAAAAGUCGAAGCAGAGUUCAGCCGACUCAACAGACUGAUCCAAAAUUCAGUAGAAUCAGAACAAAGAAAGAGAAUUUCCGAGUUUGAUCCUAUAACAUACAAUGAAGAGAUCGAUCUUUCAUAUUUUCUUACUGAAGCUCCGAUCAAAUGGGAAUUGUUUUACAACAACAUUGUCCCAACCUUCUUCAGAUUACUCGAAAGAUGGAAUCAUCUCUAUAAAACCAUCAAUAGUGCAGCUGACUGGGAAGAAGUUCUCAGAAAAUGUUACGAGUCCACCGAUGUACAAGCAUUUAAGGACAAGGCACAAAUAUGGCGCAGUCCAGCAGGUGGAAAGCAAAUUUUAAUUAAGGCAGAGAUUAGUUCAGAUAUCUUUGCAGAAUUAAUUGAAGCCGGUUUUAUUCAUUCAAUUAUUUUGGAUGAAAAUUCGGUAAGGAUGGCAAACAAGGCCCAUCCCACAGUCCAGGAGUUCAUUGAAUUCUUAGACAGAACCAGACUCCAUAGGUCGACAAUCAAUCGCGACACUCUCUAUGGAAUACGUUUGAUGACGGCACCUCCGAUGUACGAAUGCAUGCAUUGGAAAACAGUUGGCGAAUUUUUAGUCAGCAAGCCUCGUAUUUUCCCAAGCAUAAUCUAUAUGCAAGAAGUCGCCAACAUAGCCAAAAGUGUCGACUACACCAAACCAGAGUUAGUAGAUAUCAAUGACGACAACUACAGAGAAAGAGCCCUUCGACUACAACAACUCGAAGAUGCAAGCGCUGACCUCAGCAAGCAUUAUGUCUGGAAAGAUGACAAGCGCAUCCUAUGCCAUGCAGAGAAUGGACAUCUCCGGUCCCACUUAGCAAUACAAUUUGCUACAGGGAAUCAAGGAGUACUAUGCCCUAAGCUGGAAGAGCAUCUCCAGCCAGCUAAAAGGCAGAAGACGACGAGCAAGGACAAGACCAACCUGACUCUCCACUAAAGACUCAAGACAAGACGAAGACUCUUACGUGCAAAUCUGACUGCUGUAUGAACAGCAAUGAGUCUAUAAUGAGUGCUUUAGUAAGCACGCGUCCUUUUACAGGGCCUACCACUUGGUUCGCUCGUCUUUUGAGUCAUGUCAUGUGAAUAGCUUUCCAACUACUACUACUACGCAUCUGUGUCUUUUUGCGAGAAUAAGAAAAUUCACACUAAUCA